UCACAAAGUCAUUAUUCGCAACAAACACUUACGAAAUAAUAAUUGAUUAUUGAAAUUUUUUUAAAUAUUAUUCUCACAACGAAGACGUAGUAGUUUCGUUCAGUUGGAUAACUUGUUUAAAAUUCAAAACAUGUAGGUUAUGACAUUUUAGCAUAUUUUUAUAAAUAAUUUUUAUUUAUAAAUGCAAACUAUACGCAAACACUCAACUUACAUAAAAUAUUUCAGUAUUCCUCUUAUAUUCACUAGUGCAGGAUGGCUUUACUAUCAAGUACAAAAAACCAGAGAUGUCCUGGAGAAUGCCCUAGACACAUCAGUACUAAGAGCUAUGGAGUGUUCAACAAGUUGCGAAGAAAAGAGCAGCCAGGAUUUCAUAGACUUACACAUUUUGAGAAAUAAUAAGCAAAACAAUAGUAUAGAACAUGCUUGGAACUCAUUUAAAUUAUCAUAUGCUCGAAGACUUUUAAGCUUAACAUUAAGUGAUAAUAUUAUUGUAAGGGAUAAGGCAUUAAAGAAACUUGCCAGUAUAAAAAAGCUUGAUGAUUGGCACUGUUCUUUAUUAGCAAAUUCAUUGGAUGCCAGAACUGCAAUUGCUUUAGCUAGAACUAAAGGUGUUGAUCCAAGGUUUUUCAUUAGACCUCAAGUUCAUUAUGCAAAUUAUAGCAAACGUAUGUUAGUCAAUGAACUAAAAGAGCUCUUAAUUGGUCUAGAACAAAAAUCUAAGCAUGUAUGCAUGCAAUACUUUAUAUCUAAAGUAUUUAUUGAUGAACAGGAUAUUAGUAGAAUAAUUGAUAAUGACAACACUUCUCUAGAAUUAAGCAAAUUUAUUCAGUCUGCAAGCGAUCUAAUCCCUAUGUGCUUAGAGUCUUUAUUGCAUCAUGCGAGUGUUGAAAAAUAUGCUCAUGAUAUUGUUCAGUUGAAUGGCUUGCCCCUAUUGAUGGAGUUACACAACCGAUUUAAAAAUAAUACUGCCAUUUCUGUUGUACUCUGUAGAAUAAUAUCAUAUAUGUCAGUGUUUCCCUCACUUCUUGAUCCUAUUUUUAAGUCAGGAUGGAUUGGCGUUUUAUCGGAAUGGUUAAAUCACAGUGACAUUAGAAUUUCCAUUCCUGCUGCCAGAGCUUUGGCGAAUUUAGAUUAUGAUGAACGUGCGGUUUAUUCCAAGAAACUAUUCUUACUACAUCCUUUAAACAAAAAUUGUAAACCUCAAAAAGUAGAUGUUAUAUUUAUUCACGGCCUUUUGGGUGGGGUAUUCUUUACUUGGCGACAAAGAAACAGACAACAGACAACUUUGGGGUUGCUGGAAAAAUUCCAAAAUUCUGUUGCCUUAACUUUAGGUUACUUUAAUAAAUCGGACAACGAAGAAAAAAUAUGCCAGAGCAGCGAUCCUAACACAAAGGAAUACUUGGAAAACUUCAAGGAAUUAAUAACAGACAGAACUUGUGAUGACUAUGACGUGGUUUUGCACGAUCUUCCGACCAAAACUAAUUGUAAGACGACAGAUCCGUUGACAUGUCCCGGACAGAAGUUUACAAAAAAGGAUCAGACAUACACGUUUUGUUGGCCCAAAGAUUGGCUGGCAAACGACUGCAAAAAUAUUCGAAUAAUAGGCAUCAACUAUGAUACCAGCUUGUCAAUGUGGGCCCCACUUUGUCCGUGUGAAAAUGUGAAGCCCAAUCUGGAGCAACGGAGUAGAGAACUUUCUGAAAAAUUAAUUCUCGCCGGAGUGGGUCAAAGGCCAAUCGUCUGGGUAACACAUUCGAUGGGCGGAUUGAUCGUUAAAAAUAUGCUUUGCGAUGCAUUCGAAAGUGAUGAUCCAACGAAACAAGACCUGUGCAGAAAUACCAAAGGAAUUAUAUUUUAUAGCACGCCACACGUUGGUUCUAGAAUAGCAAAUUUCAGUCAAGCAACUGCCCUUUUAUUGUGGCCUUCCGUUGAAGUACAGGAAUUAAGAGAAAAUUCUCCAAAACUAAUUGAGUUACACAACAAAUUUCGGAAAAUGAUUAAAGAAAUUCCAAUGAAAAUAACUACAUUCGUUGAAACAAAGUCAACUGUCGUUACCGCCAUGAAAUUCAAUUUUUUGUUUGUGGAACCACAUUCAGGAAAUCCUGGCGUCGGAGAUUACUACGAAAUCCCCCAAGAUCAUUUAGACAUAUGCAAGCCCAUAAAUCGAUAUUCAUUUCUGUACCAAAAAGUCCUUCAGUUAAUUCAAGAGGUGUUGAUGGAAAACUAAAUCAUAUAAUUGUAAUGUAUUUUAAAUAAAUUAUUUAAAUAUA